CUCGAGUUGAUGAAUGCCGAACCCUCUAUCUCGGAAAGCUGAGAAGGGCCGAGACAGCCAUGCAAUGGCCAAAACUCUGGUCCUCGAGAAAGGAUGAGGCCUCCGAGCCAGAAUCGUUGAGCUCCAAAGCAAGUGAGACGUUAAAGAGUGCGACCGAGGCAAUCAGUUCCGCAGUCGACUCUACGACCCAGCACACCCGUGACCAGGAGAACAGUCCGCUGGGAGCAUUCAUGGAGCCUCAGACUGUGAUCGCUACAGUCAUUCUCACUACAGCUUCGUUGGGAUUCUUCAGAUUCUACAAAAGCUACCUGCGGCGGAUACCUCAAGCUACGAACAUCAACCCCGCCUUCCUCAGACGACGAAGCCUCCUAGGCAAAGUGACGAGCGUUGGGGAUGGGGACAACUUCAGAAUCUAUCACACUCCAGGUGGGCGACUGGCAGGCUGGGGUUGGCUGCCAGGACGCCAUGUGCCGUCGGACAAGAAAGAGUUGAAAGACCAGACGAUUCACGUUCGCAUCGCUGGAAUCGACGCACCUGAGCUCGCCCACUUCGGCCGACCCGCCCAACCUUAUGGACAAGAAGCCCUGGACUGGCUAACAUCAUACAUUGGAGGAAGACGCGUUCGCGCCUAUGUGUACAAAAUAGACCAAUACAGCAGAGUGGUGGGAACGGCAUAUGUAUGGAAGUGGUUCUGGCGACGAGAUGUGGGCCUGCAGAUGCUCCGAGCCGGCAUGGCUACCGUCUACGAGGCAAAGUCUGGUGUCGAGUUUGGUGAGGGGCUGGAAAGCAAAUACCGCAAGGCAGAGUGGUGGGCAAAGACCAAGAGGAAAGGCAUGUGGGGUGGCAGGAAGAAAGAUUUCGAAAGCCCCAGAGAGUAUAAGGCUCGACAUGGGAUGGGUGCCCCUCAGGACGAGUCUAAAUGAGCAUGAAUCACGAUAGGAGGUCUCCUGUUAGCAAGGCGUUUUCCGGGAGAGCAUAAAUCAAAGAGAUUCA